AAAAUUUUUCAAACAUAGUAGUUUUUAAACAAGCUUUUGAAGAGUAUACUAAACAUCAUAUAAAAUGGCUAAAUUCAUUAAAGCAGGUAAAGUUGCUAUUGUCGUCAGAGGUCGUUUCGCUGGUAAGAAAGUUGUCAUUGUUAAACCACAUGAUGACGGUACCAAGUCUCACCCAUUCCCACAUGCCAUUGUUGCUGGUAUCGAAAGAGCUCCAUUAAAGGUCACCAAGAACUUAGGUGCUAAGAAGACUGCCAAGAGAACUAAGGUUAAGCCAUUUGUUAAAUUAGUUAACUACAACCAUUUAAUGCCAACCAGAUACUCUUUAGAUGUUGAAUCUUUCAAAUCUGCUGUCACUUUAGAAGCUUUAGAUGAACCAUCCCAAAGAGAAGAAGCCAAGAAAGUCGUUAAGAAGGCUUUAGAAGAAAAACAUCAAGCUGGUAAGAACAAGUGGUUCUUCCAAAAAUUACACUUUUAAAAGUUUUUGUUGGAUUUUAAAAACCUAAACCUCGUCAUACCUUUCCUUUGUGGUUUGUAACCUACAUUUAUCAUUACAGAGCUAUCAUCUACCACUUUUCUUAGUUCAAGUUGUAUAUAUAUACGCAUUCUAAAAUCUUUUAUAAAUCAUCUUGUAUAAUUGUGGGUUAAAGAGUGUGUGUGAUGUUUGUGAUUUCCUUUCCUUCUACUACUUUUAAACCUAUAAUAUAAAAAAAUUUGAAAACUAAGUUGUUUUUUCUUCUUGCAUGGGUAUAAAAUAAACAAUAAAUUAAUGAUCUAAUUUUCUUAAAUUUGUAGAUUUGUUAAUACCUUUUGCAACUUUGUAAGGAGUAGUAAAAUCAAAUCGUUCUCUUUGUCGUAUAUUUUGAAAAAUACUUGAAAUAUUUGAAAAAAUACUGCAUACAGUCCUAUGACUCUAAAAUAAAAAAAAAAGUAGACAGAUCCAUUAUCUCUUUGA